CGCCUCUCCUCGCGACGGGCCCGCGCCGCCCCCCUCUCACCCCGCCGCGUCCUGCCCCUGGCCCUCAGCCUCCGAGAAACGGCCCCCUUCUUCCGACGGGCGGCGGACACUCCACCCUCCGACUUGUCCCGCCCGCCCUUCAGUCUGAUGCCUGUCCAGCCCUCCAACCACCUGGAAUGGAAUGAGUCUAUGCACUCCCUCCGGAUAAGUGUGGGGGGCCUUCCGGUGCUGGCGUCCAUGACCAAGGCGGCCGACCCCCGCUUCCGCCCCCGCUGGAAGGUGAUCCUGCCGUCCUUCAUGGGCGCUGCCGUCCUCUGGCUGCUCUACUCUCACCGCCCACCCCCAGGCAGGCCCCCCGCACCCAACGCCCACAACUGGAGGCUCGGCCGGGCGCCCGCGCACCAGUACAAUGACACCUACCCCCUGUCUGCCCCCCAGAGGGCGCCAGGUGGCACUCGGUACCGAAUUGCGGUUAUUGCUGACUUGGACACGGAGUCAAGAGCCCAAGAGGAAAAUACCUGGUUCAGUUACCUGAAGAAGGGCUAUCUGAUCCUGUCAGACAGCGGGGACCAGGUGGCCGUGGAGUGGGACAAAGGCCACGAGGUCGUUGAGUCCCACCUGGCUGAAAGGGGGCGGGGCAUGGAGCUGUCUGAACUGAUCGUCUUCAAUGGGAGGCUCUACUCUGUGGACGACCGGACAGGUGUCAUCUACCAGAUUGAGGGCACCAAGGCAGUGCCCUGGGUGAUUCUGUCCGACGGCGAUGGGACCGUGGAGAAAGGCUUCAAAGCCGAGUGGCUGGCGGUGAAGGACGAGCACCUGUAUGUGGGCGGCCUGGGCAAGGAGUGGACCACCAGCACGGGGGAGGUGGUGAACCAGAACCCCGAGUGGGUGAAGGUGGUGGGCUGCAAGGGCAGCGUGGACCACGAGAACUGGGUGUCCAGCUACAAUGCUCUGCGCGCCGCCGCCGGGAUCCAGCCGCCAGGCUACCUCAUUCAUGAGUCGGCGUGCUGGAGCGACACGCUGCAGCGCUGGUUCUUCCUGCCGCGCCGCGCCAGCCACGAGCGCUACAGCGAGAAGGACGACGAGCGCAAGGGCACCAACCUGCUCCUGAGCGCCACCCAGGACUUCAGCGACAUCUCCGUCAGCCACGUGGGCACCGUGGUCCCCACGCAUGGCUUCUCUUCCUUCAAGUUCAUCCCCGACACGGACGACCAGAUCAUUGUGGCCCUCAAGUCCGAGGAGGACGCGGGCCAAGUGGCCACCUACAUCCUGGCCUUCACGCUGGACGGCCGCUUCCUGCUGCCGGAGACCAAGAUCGGCAACGUGAAGUACGAAGGGAUAGAGUUUAUUUAAAUUCAGACCAGCAAGGCCGAGCGGUGUACGGUUUUUGGCUCCAUCAGGACUCACGUUUUAUAAAAUCCAGAGGAUUGCACUUUUCCAUGGGGUUUUGUGUUUGCUUUUUUUUUUUUCCCCCUUUUCAGAGCUCAGGUGUGUGUGUGGUUCAGAGACCCUCCCCCCAGAACAGGGAGCUCAGCCCCGGGCGCGUGCAGUGGCGGGAGGGGGAUUCCGCGGUGCUGGGAAAUGGGCCGGUGGGGGACAGCUCCCCAUGGCCACCGGUUCUGUGCACCGCCCCCUGGUGGUGGGAGCUGGUCCCUGCGGGCAUCCUAACCUGGGGCCCCUCCUGACAUGCGGCCAGCCCCCCUUCCAGUGUGCCUCCCUUUCUCUCAAUCCCUUUGUUCUUUCGUUCAAUAAACGUUUCUUGAGCUCCUA